AGCAAAAAAUAUAUAUAUACCGAGGUCUCAAAUAGUCACCUCCAUCGCCUCACCCUCUGAGCAGAGCAGAGAAGAAACCCCCCAAGAAACAGAAGGCAUGGCGUUCAAUGGGCGUGGGGGAACAACUGCGCAGGCGACUGGGUUGCCAUCUGCUGGUGCGACAUCAAACAACACCACUCAACACACUCGCCGAUUACAUCCCUCUUCUCCACAAAAACGGCCAGUUUCCGGGAUCUCAACAUUACUCUCCAAAGGAUCCGGGGAAAGUUCCACCACCGACAAUCUGGAGGUCUCUACCGCACAGUCGUAUGCUCGGAAAGAGUUGCUCGGCGGCACUUCGUUCGACAAUCUUGGGGCACUACCUUCCGCACCCGAAGAGUCACCGGAGGACAUGCAAAAAAAAGAUCCCCUUGCGACGCAGGUAUGGAAGCUAUAUAGCAAACAAAAAGGGACUCUGCCGAACGCGGAGCGAAUGGAAAAUCUGACUUGGAGAAUGAUGGCUUUAACACUUCGAAGAGAACGCGCUGCGAAGGCAUCACAACGAAAGCAGGCGCAACGGUCCCUCUCGGAUGCGCACACGCAUUCACCGUUCCGGAUCAACAGCAACUCCAACAACUAUACCACAGACAGUGAUAGCAUGUUUAUGGACGACCUCACAUUCACAUCCCCUUCAUCGAUGGUUGGCUCUCCCGGCGAAAGCAGUGGACUCGGACACUCCCCCGCAAGCGACAACCACCCCACCUCCUCACACGCCUCCGCUUCCGCGAUACCGAUCAAGAAGGAACGCGGCGGUUCUUUGAUAAUGGGUUCGCAUGGUGCUCCAGCAUCUGCCCCUCAAAAUCACUUCGACCUGAGGGAACACGAGGGAGAAUUCGGAUAUGUCCAGCGACGGAUACGGAAAACAAGCGUUGAUGAGCGAAGGCCUCCCAAGCGAAGGGCCGAAUGCUCACCGCUUGUUCAUCCUAUUGCCAGCAUCAUGAUCCCCAACGACCCCGAUCCCGAGAUGGGCGAGUACACCCUCGAUCAUGACUCGCACUACUCCACAAAUAACCAUCACCACUCCUCCCUCUCCUACGGUUUGGACACUUCCAACGACGGAGACCAGUUCCUUACCUCCGCCGGCCCUUUCCAAACCAACUUUUCCUUCUCGCCGAUGCAGUCGCCGCUCGUCUCCACCGGUCCAUUCUCCAACAUGUACCACUCCAACCACAACGAUUUCUAUUCCCCGCCUCCUUCCGCCAAUCACUCGGUUGUCUCGACACCGCACCCUCUUGCCGAGCAGUCUGGUGGUAGCUUCUUCGAAUCCGCGAGCAUGUCGCAGGGCCGCCCAAUUCCGACGUUCGGAGGCAACUCGCGGGCCAGUACCGUUCCCAACAGCUAUGCGUCCAACGAUUUCUAUUACCACCCGCAUAACGAUCCCCUCCUCAGCGCGAACCAGUCUGCAUCGCAUUCCGGUUUACCCUCGCCAGGUUUUGGUGGGUUCCAGCACGUAAAUCCAUCGCAGGUACUGCGCGACGACUUUGGUGUGGCAAAAUCUCCUGGUUCUACAGGCGGUCCGUUUAACUUUGGCGCGGAUUCGGAUGAAGACAUAGACAGGGAAGGGUUCGAUCGGAUGCAGAUACAGGCAGAUUACACCUCUCUGGACGAUCCCUCCCCCAUGGAUAUUCACCCGGGUAUGCAGUCCUCACUGGGCAGUGGUGGGUGGGGUCGGGAAUCGAGUGGACAAUUCGCGAACCGAUUCUCGCAGCAAAAGACUGUAAGGAUAGGCGGUACAACUGAAGCUCACUCGCCACAAGACUGGAAUAAUGGACCCACAGGUGGAGGUCACCACAGCAGGUCGCAUUCAAUUAGCACCUCAGUCAGCGAUGUACGGAAUCGCGCGCCCGAUCCAAAUGGCUUCCGGCGACAGAAAAUUGCGCGAACCACCUCUACGACUCAGUUGGCAAUGCAACGCGGCAUGCAGUCGGGUCCUAACUCACCACCCGAUAAUGGCUUCAGCUCUGCCGAGCCUUCGCGACCACCGUCGCCAGAUAUUACGAAGGGCAGCAACGCGGCCAGUGGCGCGAACGGGAAUGGUAUGCCAACCACAUGUACCAACUGCUUCACACAGACGACACCGCUGUGGCGAAGGAAUCCCGAGGGUCACCCAUUGUGCAACGCUUGCGGAUUAUUUUUGAAGCUCCACGGUGUUGUGCGACCGCUUUCCCUCAAGACCGACGUUAUCAAGAAACGUAAUAGAGGAAGUGGAAACUCGGUGCCAGUUUCGGGUACUUCGACGCGAGCUGCGAAGAAGACCAUCCGGAAAAAUUCGAUAGCGUCGAACGCAACGACAACGCCGACGUCGGCGCAAUCAAAGAGCCUCGCCGGAUCCGAGUCGCCACCGUCAGGGUUGUCGUCGUCAGCCAGCACCCCUACCAACGGUAACAUGGUGGCGCCCGGAAAGAACUCGGUGAUUCCGAUUGCCGCUGCUCCUCCAAAGGGUUCAGGUAUGAACCGACCGAUUGCGGUCGCGCCGAAACGGCAGCGACGACUUUCGAAGAGCCAGAAUGGGCACAUUCAGGAGGAGGAGGAUGAUGACGACGGAAUGAUGCAGCAAUCCACAUCUUCUAUUGUCCAUUCCACGACUCACCACACACCGAUCGCCCCUGCAGUUAAUCCGACAUCGGGCACGCAGGAAUGGGAGUGGCUCACAAUGUCACUUUAAAUUCUGUGACCACUGCAUGGAACGACGGUUUUAUUGUUUUUGAUUUUUUUGAUUUAUCGCUUGCUUUCUUGCGGCGUUUUGUGGUAAAGCGGUGGGGGUUUUCUGUUGUGCACUUGAGUACGAGACAGUGCCUUUAUUCAUCUUUGCUUUGCGUACAGCACGGUGGGGUUUGGUUUUUGUUAUUUUAUACUUUUGCUUUCCUUCAGGUUUUUCUACGGCGUGAAUUGAGUGGGGCUUUUUUGUCUUGUCUUUUUCCACUGGGGUUCUUUGUGGGUUUGCUUGCUAUGUUCCCGAUCGUAUUUGCGACGGGUAGACAUGUCCUAGUUACGUGCAUACGAGCUGGUAAUGCGCUGAUGAGCUGUGGUUGGGCGGGGUGGGGGGAAGG